CUCGAAGCUGUUCAGAAAAAGGCAUCGGGGCCAUAGCGCGCUUUCGUGUCGCCCAUUGUUAUCCUCGUCGCGUGUAAUGGCUACCGCGAAGUUUGUUGACGGUGCACAGCCUGCUUUCUCGCGCAUCGACGUAUCUUGAGCGUGGGAUAAGCUGCGGUACGCGGGUUGUCCGCUUCGAAGCUAAGACGGGCUUUCUUCGGAUAAACUUGAGCGCGCGGUACCGCCAAUUUUUAUGACACCGAGACGCCCGCGCUUCGUACAGGACUCGCCGCAGCCGCCACCGCGCUGCUUGGACGACAUGAUCUGCGCGGGCCAACGUUGUUCAGUGACAAGCGUGUGAUUUCGACGCGCGAAAUUAAGGUUGCCCAAGAACCCCGGCAGAACGAAUAAGAGGCUUAAGUUAUUACGAGGAUAUUGUUUAACAAGCGCCACAAGGAAAUACACGUUUUGAAUGUGCUGAAAGAAAAUAUCUUGUGCCUGUGUACGACCGUCAUCGAUCUCUCUCACUCUCUCUCUCCCCCCCUCUCUCUCUCUCUCACUCAACUCUCUCACUCCCUCUUUCUCUCUCUCUCUCUCUCUCUCUCUCUCUUUCUCUCUCCCUUUCUCGCUUGCUCUCAUUCUCGCGCGCGUCCACGGCUCUUCGAAGAAUACAAAAAUCAUCGGUUUUGUGAAUGCAUCAGCGGUAUAGUUAUUCGAAACUCGGGAAAGCAUCAUCGUCGGCGCGUACAGGCUAAACGGUCGCACGGAACCACGCGCCGCGUCGCCGCCGCCGCCGCCGUUACCGCUGCCGCUGCCGCCGCCACAACCGCCGCCACCGCCGCCGCCGACGCCGCCGCCGCUGCCGCCGUCACCGCUACUACCACCGCCACGACCACCGACACCGCCGCCGUCAUGGCAACUAGAAGAUCGUCGCCCGCCCGGCAGCCGGACGUUUAACCCGUGCGCCGUCUCUAUAAGACCAUAGCACAACCAACCUAUUGUGCAGCCACUGAAGUGUUCCAUGUUCACACAAACUGAACAAACCAACAGUUUCACUCAAACGGAGCAAAGUAAUUCAAGUUACGGAGAUCAAAGACAGCAAGCAGCAAUGUUUGACCCACAACAAAUUCAACAGCAGCAAGCUGCACAGGGCCAACAAUCGCAGCAACAGCAAUCUCAACAGAUGUAUGUUACUGAUAAAAAGGAAGAUAAAUCACAACAACAAUCUGCAACAGCAGAAUUUCCUUUUUAUUAUAAUGUCAACAUGCUUCAAAAAGUUCAGACAAAUGCAGUGAGCACAAUUGGUGCCAUAACAACAGAUGAUAAAGGUUGUUAUCGUUUUGAUGUCCAGCCGGUUGGAUAUAACACAUUAUUAAAUCAGAUGAGUAUUGCGGCUGCUACUAAUGCAACCUUUAAAUGUGAUAUAUGUGGUCUGGUGUUUGGUCACAUGAGUUUGUUGAAUCAUCAUAAACGAAUUCACAACACUACACCGAGUAAUUUGCAACAACAGCCACAACAAGUUGUUGUCCAAACACCAACGACAGUGACUGUAGCUACUACACCUGAAAGACCGUAUACUUGUGAUGUCUGUGGAGCUUGUUUUGCACUGCCUGGAGAAUUGAAAAGUCAUAAAACAAAUAUGCACCAAAAACCAAAAGUGCAAAUAUGUGAAGAUUGUGGUAGUGAAGAUCCGUGCGAACAUCAUCCCACAAAAAUCAAAAAGACAAUUAAACCUGGUCAUCAUCCAGUAAAACGAAGGGGAGUUACUAGUGUUACCAAAUGUCAUAAAUGUAAUGGCACAGGAAUAAUAUUCAUCGGUAAACACGACGAAAAACUAGAUUCUGGAAUCAGUUCCCUCGCAAAGUGUGGCGGCUGCAAGGCAACAGGCCGCAUCAUCAUAGGAAGUGGCAAACAAAACAGUCAGAACCAAGCGGAGAAGCCAUUUCAUUGUAAUGUAUGUGAUGGUACAUUCUCCCGGUAUUCUUCACUUUGGUCUCAUAAGCGGUUGCACUCGGGUGAUAAACCAUUCAAGUGCGAAGUCUGUGGUUUAGCUUUUGCAAAAGCUGCUUAUUUGAAAAAUCAUGGACGAGUUCACACCGGAGAAAAACCAUUUAAAUGCAGCGUCUGUGGGAUGCAAUUCUCACAGAGUCCUCAUCUGAAAAAUCAUGAAAGAAUUCAUUCUGGCGAACGUCCCUAUCAAUGUGAAGUCUGCGAAAAAACAUUUGCUAGACAUUCAACGCUCUGGAAUCAUAGGAGAAUUCAUACUGGUGAAAAGCCUUACAGAUGUAAUAUUUGUGGUUCCGCCUUCAAUCAAGCAACACACCUGAAAAAUCACGCGAAAGUUCAUACUGGUGAGAAACCACAUAGAUGUGAUAUAUGCGAGAUAGGAUUUUCCGACCGUUUCGCAUUAAAACGACAUCGUGCAAUUCAUGAAAAGUAUGGACAAACGGCUCGAAACCAGAACACAAAUAAUCCAAGUAAUGCACAACAAACAAAUGCAAGUAGUCAACAGCAGCAGCAGCAGCAGCAACCUCAGCAAGGGCAACAAGGGCAACAAGUUGUUGUAGUGAAUGCCACAACUCCUGUAACUGUCAGUCAGGGUCAAGGUCAAGCAGUCAUGCUUGAAGAAGUCUACAAAUGUCAAGUGGCCUUCCCAGAACCCAAAUGAUUCAGCUAGAGAAUACCUUUCAGGAGUUGGUAAAAAGGGUUAUUUUUUGACCUUAUUAAAGAAUUACUACAUAAUGGAAUUUAUGGAAUAUGCGUGUCAGGAUAUGAUAUAAAAAUGAAGACUACAUGGAAAACGUUUAGUGUUUGGUGUGAGGAUUAAUACGUUUGUGACGACUCAGGUCCUAUAAAUCGACGCUCAUUGACUGUCACGUAGGUGUAGUUCAAGAGCAAAAGUUUUCAGUGACUCUGCGAUCUCAACGCGAGUGAGUAGUUUGGUAAAAAUAUAACUUGGAAGAGUCCGGCUCGUAAAAUAUUAUAAACUCUCAGCCGCUAUCAUUAAUGAAAUUUCUCAUGAAUUAAUACCAGAGGUAUGAAAAAAAACAAAUCUACUUUAUAUUUUGUUACUCAGAAUAGAAAUUACGACAUCAGAUUCGAUAAUAACCUAUUUCACAAUAUACUGGCAUAGUCUUGGAAUUUAUUUGCGAAUGAAUUUGUAAAAUUUCAUUUGUUCUCCUAAUGUAUAAAUGCCUUUUUAUGGGAAUGAAAAAUGGUGAAAGUGUUGUUAUAACUUCAUGACUCGUUAAAUACCAGUCUGCAGUAGCUUUAAGAAGUUUCAAUUAGAACUGACAUUGAAAUUAGUGACUAUACAUCAGUUUAAGACUGUCACUAUGCGUGCUAAUGAUCACCGAAUCACAUAGAAUUAAUUGUUUUUCAGUGAGUCAAAAAUAUAUACAUUGCGGCGUCUAAAAAAAAAAAGAAAAAAAAACGAAAAAAAAAUGGAAAAAAAAAACAAAAAAAGAAUGAGUUUGUUAGCAUUGACCAAAACCUUGAAAACCCUUUAAGGCGUUACAAAAGUAUUUCGCGAAUAAAAAAAGUCAAUGUCAUUGAAAUUGUCAUCAUUUUAUACCACAGUUGAAAGCUGGGGGAAUAGACGUUAAAAAUCGAAUAGCUACACAUACAUUUGACGGCAUCUUUGCAUUUGCGGACGUCGUGGAACGGAACGAUAUCGCGAUAUAUAAGCGCGAGCCCUCUUCCGUCCAGUCAUUCGGGAUCAGAACAUACGCUACCGCGAUGACAACGACCGCGAUAAUGUCAGCAAGGAUAUUACUACGUGAACAAGGUUUAUAUCUUAUUGGAGCUGCAAUAAUAAUAGUGAAUAUCGACGGGCAGACUAAUCUGUUUUAUAAUUUUAAGACCGAGAACUAUAUAAAUAUCAGUUACUAAAUAGAUGCUAGUUUGUAAUAGAAAAUAGCUGACUAAAUAAUCUAUACAUAUAUACAUUAAUUUUUAUAUCCCCACUUGUUACAUGUGAUGGCGUACUGCCGCCACUCUUAAAUAUCAAGAAUUAAUUAAUAUGGUUAUAUGCUGUGGACCCAUUGUUUUGACUGAUCGGUCAUAGAUGGGGUUGGUAAUAGUCAGAAAGCACAAUUUUUAAACUGGGAUGACUAAUCCACUGUUAAGUUAAAUACUGUGAUGGUGUUACCCAUUAAAUUUUUAUCACAAUGUGUUUAAUAAUUUCUAAUUAUUAUUUAAUAUAUAUAAUGCAUUUUUUUCCUCCCUUCUAUUAAACUUCAUAAGUUUCUCAAUUUUUAUUUUAAAAUUCUAAGAAAAACGUUGUAUGAGAUCAUUUCUCCAGUAGUUACUUUUUUUUUUCUUUUUUUUUUCUUUUCCUUUUUUUUUUUUUUGUUUUUAGAAGAAACUUAUUUACUUUGUAUAUUAUCUUGAGAAAAAGUAUGAAGUGAUACUUUAAUUAUUAUGUACACAUUAAAUAUGAUAUAAAUAUAAUUGCUACUUUAUCCGUAGUGUAUUAUGAGAAACACCAUCACAUUUCUGGUCACCGUGUGCCUAGUUCUGCAUAAUUAUUAAUGCUAUAAAUUUUGCAGAAUCUAGGAUUGGGGAUUUCUUUGUUUUACCAAUAUAACUUGUAAAAUAAAGAUAUACAAUUACUUUUAAUUUACUUUUAUGUGGUCAUAAUACCUGCUACAGUAUUUUGGAUUAGAUUAGUAUUUUUUCUUCAUAUUUUUUUAUUUUAUUCUCCAUCUUUCAAAUCAUUGGUAUAGUUUAUUUUCUGGUAACUUUGUCUGAAUUGUAGUGCAAUGAAAUUGCUGGAGGACAUAUUAUGUUACUAUUAUUUUCAAUAGGAAAAAAAAAACAGGUCUUAAAAUAUUAAAAUAUUAUGUUAUACUUAGAAUUAAUUCUAAUUAUGUUAGUCAUCAGUCUGCAAACAAAGUAGACUGAUAGAUCAGGGUGUCGAAAAAAAAGAAGAUGCUUUAUUUUAUUUUUAUUUUUACUUAAGAAUAUUUGAAAAAGAAAAUAAGGAUUGUACAUAUAAAAAAAAUUUGCCAAUAUUCUUCGAUCGAAUAUAAUGGCACUAAUAAUUUUCUGCAAAGUAUAUGCUAUUCCUGGAUCAUGAGGCAAUCUAUUACAAAGGACCUAAACAAAAAACAAAAUGUCAUUUCAAUAUAUAUCAGUUUUGCAAAGUGUGCUUUUAAAAAAUAAUUUCUUUCAUUGAACUCUUGCAUAUCAAAAUCAUGAACGACCUAAUGAACUGCUCUAUAAUCCGUAUUACAGAUUUUGUAGUCGGUUAAGAUGAUACUGUAUGAGUGAAAUUGUUACAAAGCCGGUCCUAAGUAACAUUUUUAUAUUGCAAAUAUCGGCAUCUUUUACACAGAAACAAAAAUAUCAUAAUUAUAUUGUGUCUAUCUUAGCCAUUUUUCCAUAAACGAAGAUCGGCAAGGAUUGUAAAAAUAAUGGUUUAUAAAAAAAGUCAAAUAUAUUCGAAUGUAAGUACGAAGUACUAGAUAAAUAAGUAAUUAUAAGUGUUCUGCUGUGAGGACUAUUCAAGGAGGCACGGAGCAACUUAAAAAAAAACACGUGCUUGUAACAAAUCUUUUAUUAAAUAAGUAAGAUAAAUAUGAAAAAAACGAAGUCUAAGAGAAAGUCAUUGAUAUGUUAUAAUCAUUGAUAAUUAUAAAUAUAACAAAUUUUACUACGAUUAUUAUUUGACUGUGUUCUUGUAAUUUCUGUAUUUCUUUUUGUAAUAAAUAUCUGUCAUCAUGGGGGAUAGAGACUUCGUCAUCUAUCAAAUAGAAUUAGAAACUUUGUUUUAUGGUAAAAAUUUGAUCAUGUAACACAAUAACAUUAUUACAAGUUAAUGCUACUUAUUAAAGAUAAAUUAAUAUGAUUAAAAAAUGUUUUAAUACAUUCAUUAACAAUAAUUUACUUAUGCUGCGUGGCUCCUUGCAGUAAUGUUGUGCUCUUAGAUAACAUUUGUAUGCAAAGAACUGGAGCUUCCACUUUAAUCAAAAUCUCUGGAAGCGUCUUCCUAAGAUUCAUCAAUUUUUUUGAUUUAUCAUCUUGGAAGUUCUGUUCAACAUUCUCGCACACUUUAACUGACACGAUCACAAUGCCUAUUCUUUAUUUAUAUGUCAACGCAAGGCCUUUAUUAAUAUUAUUUCAUUUUCUUUUGACAAUAUUUAUUGAUUCUUUUAUUAAGAUCUAAAAAACCCACUAUUUUUGAAUAAUAUUUUUAAUAAUAAAAAUUUAAGGGUCGGAAUUUCAGGAUCAUGAUGUAAGCUGUCAGUUGUUUAAUAGAUAAUUGAUAAAAUAAUUUAUUAUAUUAAAAUAAAAAGUAAUUGAUAUCAUGAUUGGUAUCCUUAAACUAUCCGACCUCUUGAGAAUUAUUCUCCCAAGAGAUAAGACUAAUAUUUGUGCAGAUUUUUUUUUUCAUAACAAUGGUAUUUCUUAUACAUGUUGAGGCGAAUAUACAUAAAGCAGAUUGUGUAUUGUGUGCAUUAUAUCAUGUAUUAUUACAUUUUGUCCAGUCUCGAAAAAGCUAACUAUGUACAAAUUUGAUCGUGAAGGGAACAUACGUAUGAUCAUUAAAAAUACGGUGUUUCAAAUCAUAAUGAUAAUAUUAAUAAUAGUAAUAAUAAUAAUAAUAUUAAUAAUAAUAAUAAUAAUAAUAAUAAUAAAAUAAUAAUAUUAAUAAUAAUAAUAAUAAUAAUAAUAAUAAUAAUAAUAAUAAUAAUAAUAUUAUUGUAGAACAAAAAGGAGUUGUAUAUUAUGUAAUGUACGCAAUUUCAUUAAUUUUUUUAAUUCAAUCAGCGAUUUUUUCGCGACGAGAUCAACUUUUACAUAAGACGCGUUAUUAUGGGCAAUAAUGCAUAAAGUGCGAACCUUUGAUAAUAAAAGACGUUCCUAUUAAAUUAUCUGUUCAUUAUAUAUUUUUAAGUCUUCUAUCAUAUAACUCUAACGAGACAGAUGCUUUAAAGAAUGUCAUUGAAGUGAAUAGCUUUUUUUUUUUUUUUUUAUUUUAUUUUAUUUUAUUUUAAUAAAUACAUGCUUACACACGAAGGAGAAUAAUUUUGAGAAUAUCGGGUACAAAUAUUUUUACGAUCAUAUGGAAGAAAACGUUUUUCAGAAAAAGUUUGUGAAUGUUCUUUGAUUCAUUGAAUUUUGUUUACAUUUUGCGUGUUCUUUCUUUCUCUCUCUCUUUUUUUUUUUCUUUUUCCUUUUCUUUUCUGUGGACGUCACGAACGAGUCAUACAUUAAAAAUAUUAUUGCAAGAAAUCUAUGUAUUAUUAUAAUUCGGUUAAAUGAAAGAAAUAUUGUCAGCCACGAUAUCAUCACAAGAUAUAAUAUCUAUGAUAAUAAAUACGAUAUAUAAUUGGUAGAGGAACUCGUUGUAUGAGUUUUCGCUACCGAUAAAAUUAUACGUGUAUACACCGUUUUGUAUGAAAAGAAGGAAAAAAAAAUAAUAAGAAAUGUCAUGUUAGAUUAGUCUGCUGUCAAUAUAACUAGGAUUAUAAUUUUAAAUGUACAUGUAACAUAUUGAAUAUCGUCUAGAUAAGGAAUCGUAUCGAUUAAAAACAACUAGCGCACGAUUAUAUCAGACAUUCUAGAUAUUAUAAUAAAUGAUGUCCGCAGGACAUUUUCAUUUUUGAAA